AAAAAAAGACCAUCCAACUCGUCUUACACCAAUCUCAACCCGCCAUUUUACUUCUACAACUGCAUUGCAACCAUUGCAAUAAUAGUUGUUGAGAUUCUCUGACCCCCGCUUAGUUGGUUCAGUUUAUCUUCAAUUCCGUCGAGAUGGAUGUUAUCAAAUCUAUCCUCCCCGAAGCAAAGGGUGUUCUACCCUACUACAUGAUCAUCCUGUCCAUCAUUUCGAUCGGAAACUCGCUGCAGACGUAUACAACCCUACACUUCUCCCGACGAGUCUACAACGGCAAAUUCGUCCGCAACCCCAAGCUCCCUCCCAAGACCGACAAGUUCGAGCCAGAGGACCAGAUCAACAAGCUGGUUCCUGCUCAGAACGACCCCAAGGCUACCGAUCAGCUUACCCCCCUUGCCGGAAGACUUUUCGGUACCUGGACGCUCAUUACUUGCGUUGUUCGAUGCUACGCAGCUUAUAACCUCCACAUUGGUCCUGUUUACACCAUUGCUUAUUGGACUUACAUUGUCGCCUUGGGACAUUUUGCCAGUGAGCUCUUCGUUUUCAAGACCAUGACUUUUGGUCUCCCUCAGUACUUCCCUUUCACUCUGGCUUCCAUCUCUCUUAUCUGGAUGCCUCUUGUCCGUGACUACUAUGUCGAGUACAACUAAAUCAGGCGACAAAUGGUGAGACUGGUGAGUGGCGGUGAAUGUAGUAUACACAUGGCAGGCAAAUACUAGAUGCCUGGAAUCGGCAUAACGGCAACUUGUUAUUAGAUAAAAAGUUUUAGAUUUUAAUGUUUUAAUGCUCGGGCUCUAUGCCUAUAGACUUUUGCGAUAUAGCUCUCCUCCGCAAUUUCUCAAACGGACUGUGGCCUGCUCAGGAGUGAUAUCACGCUGAGGCUCGGCCAGAAGCUCGUAGCCAACGAGGAACUUCUUGACAGUGGCUGAACGUAACAGAGGUGGGUAGAAGUGCAUGUGGAAAUAUGCGCUCUCCAACUCCUCAGGUGUUCCGUCAAGAGGCGCCUGGUGAAGACCAGAACUGUAGGGAAAGUUGCAUUCGAACAAGUUAUCGUAUCGCCGGGUGACUUCUUGAAUGGCUUCGGCGAAUUGGAGUCGCUCCUCGGGCUUGAAAUCGAGAAGAGAUCGAAUAUGUCGCUUGGGAAGAACAAGAACCUCGAAAGGCCACACAGCCCACCACGGGCAUACAAUCACAAAAGCGUCGUUCUCCCAGACAACUCGUUCUUGCUUUUCAAGCUCAAGCUUCACGUAGUCGCCCAGAAGGUUUCGACCACCGUGUUGGUUUCGGUACUUGGUCAUUUGCACAAGCUCCUUGCCUGGCUCUUCAGGCAUGGUCGAGGUGGUCCAGACCUGGCAAUGAGGAUGAGGGUUAGAGCAUCCCAUGGCCGCACCCUUGUUCUCAAAGAUCUGCAUAUAUCGGUACUGCUCCUCAGGAGAAGGUGCAGCGUCCUUUGGCAUAGAAAUAGCGAGCUUGUCAGCUUCCGCGGCCCGGGGGUUUGACGGUGUCAGAUGGUUGGCGUAGAUUCGAGUCCAAUGCUCAAUGACGGGAACAAUCUCCU